GAGAGGACAGACGCUGCAGACUUUAUCCUGCAAUCACACUAGGAAACGCAAACAGAAGAGGAAAGGACGGCACAGAAAUAAACAGCAUUGCUUUAAAACAUGAAACAUUUGACGUGGAUCAGCACUCUGUCAUUCCUGCUUUAUUUCUCCUCAGGAUCUGCAGAUUACAGGGAAAAGCGUCAGAUCCCAGCGAGGAGUUUGGCAGGCGUUUGUCGAUACGGCAGCAGACUGGAGUGCUGUUAUGGAUGGAAGAAAAACCGCAAAGGACACUGUGAAGCUCAGUGUGACCUGGGCUGCAAACACGGCGAGUGUGUCGGCCCCAACAAAUGCAAGUGCUUCCCCGGAUACACCGGAAAGACAUGUAGUCAAGAUCUGAAUGAGUGCGGUCUAAAGCCUCGGCCCUGUGAACAUCGCUGUAUGAACACAUUUGGAAGCUAUAUGUGCUACUGCUUAAACGGAUACAUGCUGAUGUCUGAUGGCUCCUGUACAAACUCUAGGACGUGUUCUCUGGCUCACUGUCAGUACGGCUGUGGGGAGGUGCAGGGUGAGGUCCGCUGUCUCUGUCCGUCUCCUGGCCUGCAGCUGGGAUUUGAUGGGAAGACCUGUGAGGACAUUGAUGAAUGUGCAACCGGGAAAAUCCAGUGUCCGUUUAACCGUCAGUGCACCAACACAUUUGGAAGCUACUACUGCAAGUGUCAGACGGGUUAUGAUCUCAAAUACGUCAAUGGGAAAUAUGACUGCGUUGAUAUAAAUGAAUGUGUGUCCAACACACAUAAGUGCAGUCAUCACGCUGAGUGCAUCAACACACAUGGAUCCUACAAGUGUAAAUGCAAGCAGGGUUUCCGUGGCAGUGGAUUUGAUUGUUCAGUCAAGCCUUUUUAUCACAGAUCCUGGGAAGGUGAGAAAGGAAAUGCGCAAGUGUUUCUCAACGCUAUUCCUGAUUUCCCCUCCAAAACUCGCAUUUUGGGAGGAAAGUUUGACAACACCAUCCCCGAGCCUGUGGUGACCGGAUCUCCACGACUCCACCUGCAGCCCUUCGACUACGACGGCGAGGUCUACAUCGGCCCUCCGGAGCAGAAACCUGUGUUUCCAGAGGAGGAGAAGUUUUAUGAAGAGGAAGAGGAGGAAAUCAUCUUUGAGGCCGAGCGUGGGAGGUCAGUAAGCGGAGAGAUCGGUCUGGAUCACGUGCUUCUGAUCUCAGGACCCUGUAGAUAUCAGUCGAUAUCUGAGAUCCAGGCAGCGCCGCUGAAGGAAAGAUUCCUGACGGACUGUGACUUUGAUCGCGGUGCGUGUGAAUGGGUGCAGGAUAAUGAAGAUGAUCUGGACUGGACCAUCAAAUAUCAUGAAAACGGAAGGGAAUAUUACUUGGCUCUCGACGGUCCUGUGGGGAACAGGAAGGAGCAGGCGCGGAUGAAGCUGCUGCUGGAUGAUUACAUGCGUCAGAGCAGCUUCUGUCUGAAAUUUGAUUAUCGCAUUCAGGGUCAGAACAUGAGCGUCUUACGAGUGAUGCUGGACAACAGCGCCGUCGCCAUCUGGGAGAGAAGAAACCCUCUCAACCGCAGCUGGCGGUCAGAGCAGAUCACCAUCACCUGGACAGAAAACACUCCGGAGGCCAUCAUCUUUGAGGCCGAGCGUGGGAGGUCAGUAAGCGGAGAGAUCGGUCUGGAUCACGUGCUUCUGAUCUCAGGACCCUGUUCGGAUGAUAAAUCCGACAUCUUUUAGUGGCGACA